AUGGGUGUACGUGGCUGGCUGAAGUUCCUGACUGAGUAUGACUCUCCGAAAUACAUACGCAUGCAGAGUGUUACAUGGGGAUUUGUGAAGUGUUUGCUUUAUGUAACUGUUGCUCUGUCUGUUUGUUGUAUAGUCAUCAUUUACAGACUCUAUGAGGAGACGGAUGAAGUUAACAGCUCAGUUCGCACUAAUGUGAAGGGAGUGGCUUACACAAACGACAGGAUCUGGGAUACAGCAGAAUACACUAUACCAAUGCAGGCAGUAAACUCUUUUUUCGUGAUGACCAACAUCAUUAAGACAGAGAAUCAGUUUGAGCAGAGGUGCCCUGAGUAUCCCUUCGGCAAAGCUAUCUGCUCUUCAGACAAGUCCUGUGAAAAAGGGAGUGUAAAUAUCCACAGUCAUGGAAUUCAAACAGGAAGAUGUGUGAAUUACAAUGCAACUGUUAAAACCUGUGAGGUCAAGGCAUGGUGCCCUGUGGAAUCCAUGGAAAAACCCCCUGAGCCUGCUGUUCUAAGGAGUUCUGAAGACUUCACUGUGCUAAUAAAGAACAACAUUUACUUCCCAAAAUUUAAUUACACCAUACUAAAUGUUCCAGCAAAUUUAAAUAGUUCCUGCACAUACAACAAGAUAACUUCCCCGCUCUGUCCAAUUUUCCGUCUGGGAGAUAUCCUUCAGGAAGCAAAAGAGAAUUUUUCUGAGGUGGCAGUAAAGGGAGGAAUCAUUGCCAUUGAGAUUAACUGGGACUGUAACUUGGACAGCUUUUACGACUGCAAUCCAAAGUAUGGUUUCCGCCGCCUUGAUGACAAAAAAAUACAGCCUGGAUUCCACUUCAGAUAUGCAAGGUACUACAAGCUACCAAAUGGGAAGGAGCAGAGAACCCUUUUCAAAGUCUAUGGAAUACGGUUUGAUGUCCUUGUCUUCGGCACAGGUAGAAAAUUUAACGGCGUUGAACUCAUUAAGAACAUUGGGUCCAUGAUCUCCUAUUUUGGUUUGGUUGCGACUGCCAUUGAAAUUGCUAUUUGUCUAUGUAAUUGCUCCAGAUGCAGCAAAUCACCAUUCUACAAGAUUUACAACAGGAAAAAGUAUGAGACACUGCUGAAUCCAAGACAGGUGAUGUUUGUGUCCUAUGUUGAUGAGCCACAUGUUACCUUGAUAAAGAAGCCUCUGAAAACAAGCUUGCAGCAUGCUCAAGGCAGCAUUGUUGAGAGCCACCCUGUGAAAUUCUAUGAUGCUGGCAGCUGCUGCACCAGCCAGUCCAACGAGAACCUUGAUAAUGAAGAAUACGAGCUGGGGCGACCUCUCAGACAAGGGGCCUUUUCCCCAGACUGCCAAAAGUGGUGCUGCUGUGGCAACUGCCAGCCAACAGAGAAGUACCAUGAGCAGCUCUGCUGCCGAAGGACAGAAGGGCCGUGCAUCACAACCUCCCAUUGGUUUCUGCAGCUGGUGCUGUCCAGUCACACCCUGAGGAAAGCCCUUCUCUACGAAGACCCCUUUCUCAACUUGACAGAUGGCAAUAUCAACAACCAGCUGCGUCACCUGGCUUACAAGCAGUAUGUUCACUGGCGCUUUGGCUCUUUUGAUCUGGAAGACAGAGCUGUCAUCCCAAGCUGCUGCAGGUGGAAAAUUAGAGAUACUUACCCCAAAGCAGGCAACGACUAUACUGGUUUUAAGAUGGAAUGA